GUCACGUUGGCACCGCGCGUGCGCACGCCGUCGCCUCUCCGUCUCGUCAGUGCCAUAGCAACCGGAGCGGGCAUCAACUCAACAUGGCCAAAGCAACGACUGUGAAAGAAGCACUCGCCAAAUGGGAGGAAACUUCAGGGGAGAAAGCAUGCGAUGCCACAGCAGUAAAGCUGUAUGGCCAGGUUCCUGCUAUAGAGAAGAUUGAUGCUUCUCUCUCCACACUCAUCAACUGCGAAAAACUGUCUCUGUCCACAAACUGCAUAGAGAAAAUAACCAACCUCAAUGGCCUGAAGAAGCUGAGAAUAUUGUCAUUAGGAAGAAAUAACAUAAAGGCACUAAAUGGGCUGGAGGCAGUGGGAGACACAUUGGAAGAGCUGUGGAUCUCCUAUAACUUGAUAGAGAAACUGAAGGGAAUUCAGUGCAUGAAGAAACUGAAAAUCCUCUACAUAUCCAACAAUCUGGUGAAGGAAUGGGGAGAGUUUUCAAGGCUAGCUGAACUACCGUGCCUCGUGGACAUGGUGUUUGUUGGAAAUCCCCUGGAGGAGAAGUAUUCAACCGAGGGAACUUGGAUGGAGGAAGCGUCUAAAAGGCUUCCCAACCUGAAGAAACUAGAUGGAAACCCAGUCAUCAAACAGCAAGAGGAUGAAGGAGAGGAAGAAAGCUGAGAAGAAUGACUAUCUCCAAAGUUACAACCUCCUAAGAGUCUUCCCUUUGGAAUCUUUGUUUUUUGUUUUGCUUUGUCAUUGUUGUUCUUUAUAUAAAAUAUGAUUCUUACAACAGAAAAUCUGUUGAAGAUCAACAAGCAGAAAAACAACCUAAAAAUACACAGAAUGUUUAUCUUUGAAAAAAACUAUUAAACUAUCAAAACUUCAGGCCUUGGUACCAGGAAGGGUUUUUAAGACAUUAAAAGCACAUUUUUUAAUGCUAUUUACAACAUUAGCGUUAUGAUUUUAUUUUUUACUACUCCUUCAAAGUAUGAAGAAUUUCAAAGAUAAUACUAAUAUUUCAUAUAGUCUGUGGUUUUAAAUUCCUCAACCCUUAUACACUGAAGUAAAGCACAGUAUAGCUCACAGAUUCUUGAGAAGAGACAUUUGUGUGGACCAAUGUUGACAAGAUAAUAAUAUUAACUCUGUGCUGCUGGAGCUUCUCAAGCCUAAUAGGAAUUGGCUGUAAAAACCUGACACCGUUCUCAGUACAUAGAAAAGGUCAGUUACAUAAACAGCUUAGCUGGAUUAUUGUUCUUCAUUAACAUAUCAUUUUGUAUCAUAUUACAAUGUUUUAUUUUCUCUUUUUCUGUCCUUGGGUCUCAUGAAAGGCUAUUUUUUAAAGUUACUAUUAAUAUUAUUAUUAUGAAUGCGAUUGUAUUCUGCUCUAAAAGGAUCAUGCAUUGUAAUAACAAAUUAUGUAUUAUUCUGAAGGGUUUUAAAUUAUUAUAUUAGACAUGUUUCUACUUACAGUUGUGAGAUGUUUAUGAUUUUAAAUGACUUUGAUAUUUUAAAUAAAUUUUUAUGCAACAUAG